AUGAUCCCCAGUUGAUCCGUAACACCGGAAACGAGGUGACUCACUGAAGUCAGAUUCCCGUUGAUGCCGAUGGUCGUUUUGCCGGGGAUACGGAACGGAUGGCGUCGUGAUUACGGAAGAACGUGAGAGGUCCUGAAGAUGAGUUCUCAGCAAUAUCCACGUCCACAACUCCCAUCUGGACUGGGACAAGGACAAACAUCAGGCAGUAACACUAUAGGACUUCCAGGAAGUCAAAAGAACACUGGACAUGAAGACUCUAAUCAUGCUCCGCGUGACAUGUUGUCCAGCGGAGCUUUAGCGUUCAAAGAUGACAAGCAGGAGACCGUAGUGGUACGACCUUACCCCCAACCCCACAGUCAGCCCCUGCCCCACGGAAAAGCCCUGACUCUGCCCCCUCCACUCCUUCAGCACCUCCCUGCCCAGCCAAGCACGCCUGUCUCUGUGUCGGCAGCACCGUCCCACAUCCAUCAAGGUCUUUCCCUAGCCUACACUGAGGGUCCUCUAAAGUCUGCUCUGAAGACACCCAUGCCAAGCCGAGUGAUAGCUCCAGCACCUAUGUCAACACCAGGCCAUCUCACUCUCCCCCCAAAGGUGCCCGGUCAUAUCACUGCUACCAUGGAGACUACGCAGGCCUCCGGUAUACCUGUAGCAACCAUCAGUGGUCAGCAGGGUCACUCUGGUAACCUGCAUCAUCUGAUGACCAAUGUUCAGAUCAUCCGCAGUGGAGCUCCUGCACUGCAGAUCGGAUCCUCUGCCACACCUCAGCAUCCCUUCACCUCUCAUUUACCCAGAGGAGCUGCUGCUGCUGCUGUAAUGUCAAGUUCCAAAGGAACCACAGUGCUGAGACCAGCAGCUGGUCUGAGCUCUGCCGCAGGCCAGCCUGCUGUCCAGCACAUUAUUCACCAACCAAUUCAGUCCCGGCCCAUAGUAACUACCUCUACGGCAGUGCUGCCUACAGUAGUGCCAGUGACUGCCACCAGACCUCAGUCUCCGGUUAUCACCACGGUGGCUGCCCACUCUGGAGACAUGUUACAUGGUCACACAGCACUGACAAUCCACCCUUCCCAAGGGACACUAAGUAUCCAAAGACCUCCACCCUCACGGGACACACCCACAUGGAUCAACCUGCCCCCCCACCCAGCCAUUGCUGCUCAGAAAGCCCUGCCUCACUCUGUUGCACAGAAGCCCAUUUUUAGCACUGUGACACCUGUUGCUGCAGCAACUGUGGCUCCCAUUCAGGCUACUAACACGUCACCAUCACCCACUACAACAGGCUCCAUGCCCCACACACAAAUAUCCAGUAACAACAUUGUCACUAUGACGGUGGCCUCCCACUCCUCCCAUGCCACAGCAGUGACCACAUCCACCAUCCCUGUGGCUAAAGUGGUCCCGCAGCCUAUCACACACACAUCACCACGUAUACAGUCUGAAUACCCUGGAGAGAGGGGCAACCUCAUCCCUAUUUCUGGUCAUCGCUCCUCUCCCAACCCCAUCACCAUGGAGAACCGCACUGACAACAGACAAUCUGUUCCAGUGCAGUUCCAGUAUUUCCUGCCCACCUACCCAUCAGCACCGUACCCUCUGACCCACACUUACACCCCCAUCACCAGCUCUAUGUCGUCCAUACGCCCAUAUCCAGCUCAAGCCCCCAGUGCAGCCGUGCCUGCCCAAACUGGUGUAGGAGUUGCAUCUGCAGUUCAUUUGAAUUCUAUGCAGCUGAUGACGGUGGACCGCAUCGCCCAGAUAAACACCCAAAAUAUCCAACCAGCUGCCCUGGCAGCACAGGCCAUCCAUCCCACACCCAUCCCGGCACAGGGCCUGCAUACGUCUGCCCAGAUCACCACCCCGAGCAUUCAGCCUACACCAGUCAACCAACAAAAGCCCCCGACCGAGUCCAAGACCUCAGUUGUGCUGGCCGAUGGUUCCACACUAGUGGCUAACACUAUCAGCAACACAUUCAACAACAAUCAGCCUGCCACCACUGUGACACAGACGCACAAUCAGAGUGCCAAUUCUGGAGCCCCCUCACUUGUAACUUCCCCUCGACCUAGCAUUCUGCGCAAGAAACCUGCCAAUGAAGGCAUGGCUGUUAGGAAGAAUCUGAUCCCAGGUCAGCUCAGUGACUCUACAACCCCCAGAAUUGAUGGCGCCAUCAGGAGUGCAUCAGCAUCACCUUGCCCUGCAGGAGUGAAGCCCAAACCUGACAUCCACAUGAGCCUCGCUCCAUCGGUAACUGCUGCAGUUGAGUCUAUUCCUUUCCAGGGCAAUGAACAGCAACCACAACACCUGGCGCCACCUCCCUCUCAGCUUGCCUCACAACCUGUCCUCUCCCUUCUGGCUUCAGCCACGCCUCCCUCUCAGCCCACCCCUGCUCUCUCAGCCAUACCUGCUGCCAUGGCAGUCACUUCACCAGUGCCCUCUAUGGCCAAUGUAGUGGCCCCACCCACCCAGCCAGCAGUCAGUACCACAUCGGCAUGUGGAAUCAGCUCCACCCUCCCCGAGAUGAAUAUUAAGCAAGAGGCAGAGCCUAUCAAUACUGCAAAACCAGUGGCAUCAGGGCCCAACAGCGGUGCACAGAUGUUAGCAGUACCUGCUAAAGACAUCACCCCAGGAGCCUCACCCAGGAAGAAGCCCCGGAAGCAGCAACACGUCAUCUCCACUGAAGAGAGUGAGAUGAUGGAGACCAACAGCACAGAUGAGGAGAAGUUCCCAUCCAAACCCCUCAGCCAGCGUGCAACGAAACGCAAGUCCCCUCCCAAAGAAUACAUUGAUGAGGAGGGAGUUCGGUAUGUUCCCAUCCGAGUUCGGCCUCCGAUCACACUGCUACGACACUACCGCAACCCCUGGAAGGCGGCGUACCACCACUUUCAGAGAUACAGCGACAUCCGUGUCAAGGAGGACAAGAAGGGCACCCUGCAGGAUGUGGCUAAUCAGAAGGGAGUGGUGUGCAGAGCCCAGGGCUGGAAAAUUCACCUCUGUGCAGCUCAGCUCAUGCAGCUGACAAAUCUUGAGCAAGAUGUACUCAGUCGCCUCACGAGUCUCCAAGAAGGCCUCAUUCCGAAGAAGAAGGCCGGAGCUGAUGAUGAUCUUCACCGUAUAAAUGAGCUCAUACAGGGCAACAUGCAGCGCUGCAAGUUGGUGAUUGACCAGAUCACAGAAGCGCGUGAUACCAUGUUGAAGGUUCUGGAUCACAAGGAGCAUGUCAUGAAGCUGCUCAACAAGAAUAGCAGCACCAAGAAGCUUAAUAAGCUGAAGCGUAAAGUCAGAGUAUGAGACGGACAGGCUGAGCCACACUGAUCUGGUGUGGGGCAGAGCUCAGUCCGCAGGGCAUGACCACAAAAUGUCACAAACCCAAGCCUCCUGCUCCAUGAUCCUAAGCAUGCAGGCACACUGCCCUGCCUUACUGCUCGACAUCUACCUGGAGAGAUUAGGUUUGAGUCUACACCUAAUAGCAAGACUGCUGAAUAUCAUGUAAACAGAAAACAUCUUUAUCUGGCAAGCCCCUUCUCUGCCAGCACUCAUAGAAUCUAGGGCACUACAGUGUUAUCUGAUUACUGCAAUAUAAAUCUUUUCCUGUAUCUUCACUGAAAUAUGAAUGUCUGAAUGUAUCACUUGCAAUCCAGAAGUUUUAAAAGGAUAGUUCACCCGAAAAUGUAAAUUCAGUCAUCAUUUACUCAUAUUUUAUUCCAAACUGUGGAACACAAGCAUAGACAUUAAGGAUAAUCUCAGAGCUGCUCUUUUCCAUACAGUGAUAGUCAAUGUAAACCAGGGACAGCCUUGGUCAUUUCCGUUGUAUGGAAAACAGCAUGAGGGUGAACAAAAUUGAAUGACUGAAUUUUCAUUUACAGGUGAACAAUCCCUUUAACUCAGUAACAAAUAGUUUAUUUUAGGACAGUUCAUGUAUAAGGUUCCAUUUCAGGAAAAAGUACCCAUUUGUGAACCACAGAUAUCAGUAAAAGCAAUGCACAUCUUCAAGUCUAAUACAUUAUAUUCACCACUUUUUCAAUUGGGUGCCUUGAAUGGUAACGUGGUAUUGACAGUUGUCUGUACUGUAUUAAGCACUCAAUGACAAUAUUCUGUAAUGGGUGUUCAUCAUGCCGCAAGGUUCCCACUUUGUAUUGUAAGUACUUAAAACAAUAAGAAUUGAGAAGCCAUAAUGAUACCAUCUGUGGUGUCCUAAGAAGUAUUUUACCACGCAUGUAUUGAGGGAGUAUUGUGCCUUUCUUUGUGCCUCAUAUAUGCAUGGGUUUGGAAUGAUGUAGGUGGAGGAAAUGGUGAGAUUGGUUUAAUGUUGCCUGAAUGUCUGAAUCGUUUAUGUUCUUCAGUUCAUUCUCACGUUACUGCCUGUAGAUUUGUGAGGAAUGGUUCAUGUAUUAUCAGUCUGGAAGGUCUACAAGUGCUGUUCCUGCUCUGGUUUUGUGGGUUGGUUCUUUGGUCAGGGGGAUUUCACAUAUGCAUUAAGGUUAGAAUCAUGUUCAGAUCUGACAUUUCAAUCAAAAACUGAGAAUUUGAAGAAAUUUGAUUGUGCAUAUGCACACAGUUAUGUAUCUUAAGUUAAACCGAAGUAUAUAAAAAGCCCUCUUUUUGUUUUUCUUCUAUUUCCAGUUGUGUUGCUUGAAGCAGUGUCAUUUGUGGCAAAGAUAAAGCACUGUAUACUGUUCGAUCACUCAUUGAUUUCAUAUGAAUGACAUUGUUGCACUCCGCUUCUGAAGUAAAGAGACUUUGUACA